UCUUUAGGUCUGCGUAAUCAAGCGGCACUUGGAAGUCAGGGUUAAAGCGCACGAUUUCUUUCCAAAACAAAGUCAAAAGUCAAACCUCAGGGUUGUGCCCCACAACAGCUCGCAUAAGUGGGCCCCUGCCUGAAUCUACCCCUCCAUCAUUCAGGGGCUCUCAUUCAACCUUCAUGAGAGCUCACCCUUGCACUCGUCAACAAACUCACACUUGAAGCUAUUGUGAGAUUUUUUCUCUCUCACUCACAUGCAAAAUGCCCGAACACAAGAACUCAUCUGUUGUCUCCGCCCCCGGCAAGGUUCUUCUCGCAGGCGGCUACAUUGUCCUCGACAGGGACUACUCCGGCCUCGUCUUUGGUCUCAGCGCCCGCAUCAACGUCGUCUCUCAACCCAUCCAGCCCACCCAGGGCGUUCAUCUCACCGAGAUUGUCGUCGAAAGUCCGCAGUUUGACGAUGACUCCUGGGUGUACGGCUACACCCCUGUGGAAGGUCACGGUGGUGUAAAAGUCACCCAGCUCGACCCCGGCACCAAACCCUUCAAACCCAACCAUUUCGUCGAAACAACUCUCAACUACGUCCUCUCCUACAUCGUCUCCCUCCCCGCCAAGCAAACCCUCUCCUCCAUCCACCCCGCCAAAUUCACCAUCCUCGCCGACAACGACUAUUACUCGACCACCGCCACCACCUCCCCUUCCACCCCCCAGCGUCGCUUCCGCCACCUCGGGCAAACAAUCUCCAAAGCCAACAAGACCGGCCUCGGCUCCUCCGCCGCCCUGGUAACCUCCCUAACCGGCUGCUUGCUCUCCCACUACCUCCCCCGUUCCCUUUUCGACCUCUCCACCCCCUCAGGCCGGCGCACCCUCCACAACCUCUCCCAAGCAGCCCACUGUGCCGCCCAGGGAAAAAUCGGCUCCGGGUUCGACGUCGCCAGCGCCGUCUACGGCAGCUGCGUCUACCGCCGGUUUUCCCCCUCCCUCUUAUCCGCCCUCCCACCCCCAGGGACGAGAGGGUUCGGGAGAGCCGUCGUGGAGACGGUCAACUCCCCCGACUGGGAUCAAGAAAUCAGCAAAGAGGAGACUGAUCUUGCCGAGGGGCUGAAGAUCAGAAUGGUGGAUGUCACGGGGGGGACGGCAACGGUCAGCAUGGUGAAGCUGGUCAACGCCUGGAGGGAAGGGAACAAGGCCGAGGCGGAUGGGUUGUUUGCCGAGCUGGAGGGGGAGGUGAAGGUUUUGGCUGGGGCGCUCAAAGUCGGGGAUGAGCAGGCGAUAAAAAGGGCAAUGGGGGAGGUGAGGAGGUUGAUGAAGAGGAUGGGGGUGGAGAGCGGGGCCGAGAUCGAGCCGGACAGUCAGACCAAGAUGCUGGACGAGCUGGAGGGGCUGGAGGGGGUGGUGGGGAGUGUGGUUCCUGGCGCGGGGGGGUAUGAUGCUGCGGCGUUGGUGAUUAGGGAUGAUGAGGGGACGGUGGGGAGAGUCGAAAGGUUUUUGGGAGAGUAUAGCCAGAGGGAAGGGGUGAAGGCGAGGUUGUUGGAUGUGUUGGGGGAGGUGGAGGGGGCGAGGUUGGAGAGCUGGGAUGGGGGGAGGUGGCAGGAGUUGUGAUGUUGCAACAGAUGAGCGCUUAUAUAGAACCAAUGAUUUAAUAUCAUCAUCACACGCCAAUCAGAUCAAGAGAAGAUGCCAACGGAAGGUUGUCAAGCUCCCAUUCUGUUUCGACAUUUGUCUGCUGUAGUUGCCCAAGCCCAUGCCAG